AUGAUUUUCCGUCGACUGAGAUGUUUCUAUAACCAGAAGCGGUUUCUUCUUUUUACCAUUACAUUGACAUUGAUAUUCCUCAUGUAUCAAAUAAUAUCAGUUGGACAGUUAGGAAAAGAGCUCUCUAGAAGAAACCCUCGUUCAAAGUUGCAGAAAAAUUUUAGAAGUUAUGAAAAAGCAGAUGGUUUUAUGCAGGUAAAGAAUCUUGAUGAAUUGAAGAGAAACACAGAUGAAACUUGGCAUUCACAGAAAAUAAUUCAUGAUGGAAUGAGAAAUAUUCUAGGCGUGCUACCUGAGAACCAGAAGUAUUACAUGCCUACUACUGGUGGGACUUUUAAGUGUAUUCAUAGUGGAGAAGAAAUUAGUUAUUCUUUAGUAAAUGAUGACUUUUGUGACUGUUCUGACUUUACUGAUGAACCCAGUACGUCUGCUUGUAACUAUGGAAGGUUUUAUUGUUCCCAUCAUUCUAAACAUUUCCCUACUUUCAUAAUAUCUUAUAAAGUCAAUGAUGGAAUUUGUGAUUGUUGUGAUGGCAGUGAUGAGUGGGAACCAAUAAAAUUGCCCAGACAUACUAAAGUUACAGGGCAAAAGUUGAAAGGAAUUCAUCAACAACCAUGUCCAGUUCGGUGCAUACUGUAAAAAGGAAAAUAUCCUGAGUCAUUACUGAUACAAUCGAACCUCAUUAACA